GAAGAACAAGGUUCUUCUCCCACUUUUCCAAGGACAGAAGCUGACAGAACUGGCAUUUUAUUUCAAUACUAGCAACAGAAGCUUCCUCCACCUCACCUGAGGACAGUGGGCACAUGGAACAAGGCACAUAGCAGCACACAUCACUCUGCCCUCCAACAGAAGGGUUCCAGCUGAAACAGCUGCUGCCUGAGGCAAUAGUCUGCUUAAUGCCCAUCACAGGAGGAGCUGUGAUCAGGUCGGGACUUUCCGAGUAAGAAGAGCCCAUUCUUGCUCCAAAGCAGCCAAGUCGUGCCUCUUGCUUCUUGCCGGGAUGAAGAGGCAUCUCCAGAGACGGAGGAUGGAUCUGGGCUGCUGCCAGUGAAGCGCCACCAAGGAGCUCCUGAUUCCUACCCCUGUUCACCAUCCAUGGAGUGGCAGAGCCGAGAUCCUUGAUUGGGCUGGGCAUAGCCCUCUGCCUCCCACCUUUUGCUCCUCCGGCUCACCAUGGGGUGGAGGCAUCUCCUGUUGCUCCUGCCUCUUGCCCUGUACGCCUUGGCACUGCUGCUAACCACACAGGCAGCUGGGCCCCUACGGACACCCAAGGGCAACCGGACACAGGGGGCAGCAGCCCCCCGGCGGCCAUACAAGCCGGCCAAGGAGCAACAGAACCAGACGCUAGCCAGCACACCACCAUCUCCUGUGGCAGCUGGUAGUGGGGGAAACCGUGGGCGCAGUCCAGCAAAGGUGCCCUCCAACGUCAGUGCAGGCAGCUCUGUGCCAGCGUAUGAGACAUGCAUGGGCUACUAUGAUGUGAGCGGGCAGUGGGACAAGGAGUUUGAGUGCAACAAUUCCCAGAAGGAUUUCCGCUACUGUUGCGGCACCUGCUAUUACCGUUUUUGCUGCAACAAGCGCUCUGAGAAGCUGAAUCAGGAUAGGUGCCGGAAUCAGGGCCCGCGCCCCAACACAGAUCUAAUGACCCCCGCCACCAGUAAUGAUGGACCUGGAGGUAUACCCAAUGGGUAUGACCCAAAUGAGGACAACACGAAUGCCACCGUCUACAUUUCAUGUGGUGCCGUUGCCUUUGUUGUCAUUGCAGGCAUUUUUGCCAAGGUGGCCUAUGACAAAGCACGACAGCCACCGCAGGAGAUGAACAUCCACAGGGCUCUGGCCGAUAUCCUCCGGCAGCAGGGACCAAUCCCCAUAGCACACUGUGAAAGAGAGACUAUCUCGGCUAUAGAUACCUCCCCCAAAGACAACACACCAAUCAGAACAUCCUCCAAAAAUCACUAUACGCCAGUGCGCACCUCCAAGAGCAACCCAGUCAUAAUGGGAUACUAUGUAGAGCGAGAUGCCCCAAUUCAGUCACAAGUGAUUGAGUAUGACACAGGAGUCGUUGGGUAA